CGUCGCCAUCCCGGUUACCAUCCCGGUUACCAUCCCGGUUACCGUCCCCGUCCCGCUCCCUGUCCCUGUCCAUGUCCAUGUCGCGGGCGGGGAGCAGUGGCACUGCCGCGCUGGAGCGGGCCGGGGCGGAGACGGUGAAGCGGGCGGUGCAGCUGGACGUGGCGUGCCGGUUCCAGGAGUCGCUGGUGUGUUACCAGGAGGGCAUCGACCUCCUGCUGCAGGUGGUGAAAGGUGCGGGCUCGGAUGAGGCGAAGAAGCACCGCUACCGGCAGAAGAUAUCCGAGUACAUGACCAGAGCCGAGGACAUUAAAAAACACAUUGAGAAAGAGAAACAAGAUGGCAAAUACCAUAAGCAAAUCAGGAUAGAAGAAAAUGCAACAGGUUUUGGCUAUGAAAAGCUUUUCCACGAGUACCUCACUGAGAUUGUUUCUGAAGUUUGGGUGGAAGAUCCAUACAUUCGACAGGUUCAUCAGCUGUAUAACUUUCUACGGUUCUGUGAGAUGCUAGUUAAGGGGCCAUGCAAGGUGAAAACAAUCCAUCUCCUCACUUCCUGUGAUGAGGGUAGUAGGAGUGAACAGAGGAUUGCCUUGGAAGGAAUACAACAGUCAUUGAGUAAUUAUGGAGUAACACUGAGUAUUGAAUUUUCAUCUUCCAUACAUGAUCGAGAAAUCAGAUUCAACAAUGGAUGGAUGAUUAAGAUAGGAAGAGGUCUUGAUUAUUUUAAGAAACCACAGGGUCGUUUCAGCAUUGGAUACUGUGACUUGGACUUGAGACCUUGUCAUGAAACAACAGUGGAUGUCUUUCAUACUAAACACACAAAGCAAAUGUGAUCAGAAAUUACUGCUUUUAAUAAGUGUUUUCAUAAACAUAAAAAUGUAAGACUGAAAGAUAUUGCUUGAGUCCAGCUGGUUGCCCACAGAAGCAACUCUUCUAAGUACUUAGUGCAACACAGCUUUUAUAAUCUAUAUGUUUUAGAAUAUUUGAGGCUUUCCAGUCUGAGAAAUCAAAACCGCAUGAUUCCUUCAUUGUACUUCUUUUGUAAUCUUAAUACAAUCCAUAUCUAAAUUUUAUCUUGAUUUGAUAACAGACCCUCAGUAAUGUCUUUCAAAAGCCUCUUUAAUGCCAUUUCUAUUUUUACUGUUGAUUUUGUCUUGAGCCUGUUUUGGAUUUUAUAUCUUUAACUGACCAUCUCACAAUCAUUGGAAGCUGGGCUACCACAUGUCCUCUUUUAUAAGCAGUCUUAUUUAUUUCCUUUAAUUCCUGUAUUCUAGUCAUGACUACUGUUUUGCUGGGAUUUUGUCAAUCCUGUAAUACUUUAUUUCCCAGACUUUACUAGUAAUCCCAAAUUUCACAUUCCACUUUCCAACCUCUUUGCCUAUAAUUGUGGUAGUGUUCAGUACACAAUCAUUUUAGGGUUGUCUUAUGUGUCUCUGCAUAAUGGAUUUUGGACUGGGAAGGCUGCAAACAGCUGUAAUCUCUUCCCUGACACUCCUGUGUAUUCUUUUAUUCCAUGAUUCAUGACCAUAUACCUCAUACCAUCUUUUGCAUUAAGUGUGGCAAGGAUGUGAUCCUCUCCUGGUCUUACUGUCUGACUUUAGAGUCUAAUGACUGGCUUUUCAUGCCACUCUCAACUGCAGUAAGCUAUUUUGCUACUACUAAGGUAGUCCCCUAAAAAGAAUAAAUUGAAGUUUUUUCAGAAGUUGGGUACCCUGAGUAUCUCAGUGGGUCAGAGCAUGGUGUGAAUAAUGCCAAGGUCAUGUGUUUUAUGCCUGUAAGGGUCAUUCAGUUAAGAGCUGAACUUGAUCCUUGUGGGUUCCUCAAAAUAUAAAAAGUCCCUUAACUUAAAAUAUUCUGCGAUUCUAAGCAAUAUGCUAUUUAGAAUAAAGACAGUCUUCCCUUGUCAUUCCUUCAGCCUUUGGAAGCUAGAAGGUAUUACUAGAAGUGCUGCUUUUUCUGCCCAAGUCAUACAGUCUGAGAUAAAAAACAGGCCAGUGUCCUCUUUUUCAGGUCCCAUCAAAAACUUUUCAUCCUCAGGACUGACAAGUGCCUUACACUUUCUGCCUUGUAAUACAAUAGGCCUCUAUAGUCUCGUAGCUUAUUUAUUGCUAGAACUUUUUUUGUUUCCUAUAUUUAUUUUUCCUGAUGGUUGGUGUAUUCUGUUAUCUUUUUUUUCCCUUAAUGUACUUUAUUAUUUCAUCUUCUGUUAUCUAAUGCUGCUAUUCUUUUCCUCUUGCUUGUAACAAACAAUCUAUUCCACAGCAACCAGUAAGAAAUGGAGCUGGUCUUUGCCUUAUUUUCUGGGUCAUAAUUAGCCAGUAGUCUGCCUUCUUUAUCCUUUCUCAUAAUAAUGUUUCAGCUUUGCAGUGUUGCAUCAGCAGAAUGAAUAAUAUGUGCCACAGAGCUGUGUGCUAUUAAUCAUUCCCCUAAACAUUCCAUAGGAGCACCCUGGUUUGCUGCUGUGAUAGGAAGUUCCUAGUCACUUGUGAAUUUCAUUCAGUUGUGUAUAAUAUAUGCUUAUUUUUAAUGGGAAUAAAGGUUAUUUUUUAUCAUUUGUA